UCUGUUUUUCUCCUCUGUUUCCCCUCUCCACCCUACACCUCUGUAUCUCACCAAGCAGAGAAAAACGCUUAUCCAACGCUCAUCGCCUUGAUGCUCGCUCCACAUCCUCCAACAGCAAAGUUUGCACCUUCGUUCAAAGUUUGAGAGCUUCGGCGUGAACCAGCAGACACCCUCUCAUGUGCACGACUGCACUGGACCAACGUUUGCUCUGGAGCAGCUGAGCAAGAGAAGCAACUGUGAAUCCGUCCAUCGCCUGCCCUACAUUUUUGGGGGUGGGGAGAAAGCAGGAGUGUUGCAGCGGUGGUACUUGGGGUUUUAUUUUUAGCCUCUUCCCGACCCUCUACCACGACAGCUGUCUCCCUCCUCCUCCUCCUGUGACAGAGCAGAGUCAGGAAUAGCCUAUCACUUUGCACCUCUGAGAACUAAGGCGGCCGGUUAGUGUGACGUGGGUCUUCUGGUUCUCAGGACUGUCUCUCUGUCUCGAGCUGACACAUACACACGUCUCACGGCUUUGUUCGGUGCUGGGCUGCACUUUGACCUUGGUAAGCGAGCGACGGUAACUGUUUGGAGCUGCCGCAGAGGAUCUCAGAGCCAAGAAUCCCCUCUUCUUUCCAGCAUUGUGCGUCUUGUUUACCUGAAGUUUGUGACCUCACAUAACAUAACUGUGAAGACCAGCAUCCAUUGUGCCAGCCUCUUGUCUGCUGGUCCCUUCAUCUGUCACUCAUCUUUUCAUCCCGCCCUCCCUCCCUCAUCAAACCCUUCCCCGGCCCAGCCCAUGACAGCAGCGCUGCCAGCAUGGCAUUCUCAUCACGCUUUUCCUUCUGGGAGCAAAAGAUCAAAGAAGAGAACAAGCCAAUCCCCAAGGGUUCAAAAGACAAUUCGGACAGUGAUGGCAGCCUGAGUAGCCGCUCAAUGUCAGUGCCCAGCCUGGAACCUGGCAGAGGUCUAUUGCGUGCCAAGAGUCCUCAACCUGUUCAGGACACAUCCAUAGAAAUCCAGUCCCAACCUCAGUUCAGGCGAGUCAAAAGCCCCUCACCCAACAGAGAAAAGAUAGCAACCAGAAAGUUCUCUGAGGUUCCCAAGAUGCCAGAACGCUUCAAAAGUCCUAAGCCUCCCCAAGCUCCCUUGAGUCCUGAACCUUUCAUGAAUGGAGAAAGCAAAAUGAAUGGUGCCCUCAAUGGGAACGUUAAGACUACUGCUAGUGCUAGUCAACCAGAGCUCACAGAGGACUGGCAGGGUGGGACCCGUAAGAAGGUGGUAAAAGUGGUGCGCAGAGUGGUUAGGAGGGUAGUUCCUGCUGAAGAAGACACGGCAAAAACCCCUGCAGCCAUGUCUCCAGAACCAGUUGUGGAACCACCCAAACCUGAACCAGCAUCUGUACCAAAGGUUAUGAAGAUGCCCGUGUUCUCCUUUAAACAUGAUUCCAUAAAGAAGGAGGAAAAAGAUGAUAUCUCUGCUGGACUGUCUAGUUUGAUGACGCGAGGCAGGACCAGGGAACCUCGUCCACGCAUACGCAAAGAUGAGCCUCCUGAAAAAGAGGGAGUGCAACCUGUAGAGAAUGAAAAAUCUGGACCAGCACAAGAUAAAACUGUGCCGAAGAUAGAGACCUCUCAGACUCCAAAACAAGAGCAACAGACGACUCCUAAAUCUCCUGUUUCACCACCGGCGGGGUUCAUCCCAACCCCAAAACACAACCCACUCUCUCCUCCGUCUGGAUUUGUUCCAACACCGAAACCUUUGGGAUUUGUCCCCACUUCAAAACCAUCUACUCUUUCCCCUCCACCAGGGUUUAUUCCUGCUCCAAAACCUUCUCCGGUGACUCCUGCUGGAUUUGUUCCAACAGCUCCUGUCGUUUCUCCACCUCCUAUUGCAGAUCCCAAAACAUUGCCUGUUACCCCUAGUUCUACACCUGCUCUUCCUAAAGCAGCUGCUACCUCUGCUCCAACUGCUCCUGGUAAAAUCAACACCCUUAACCCCCCAGCUCCCAAAACAGAUCCAUUUGCCCCUCCAUCAGGGUUCAUUCCCACCAGUAAACAGAUGCCUGUGAAGAAACCAGAGGUGAAGACGACCGUACGUUUGCUACCAACUCAAGCAGGGAGACCUUCUCCUGGGAGCAUUUCUAAACCCUCUCUACCAACCUUGUCCAAAAAGGAGAGUCCACCACUGAGUCCCACAGAAGAAGCACAGAGACGGCUGGAGAGGAUCUUCGCUGCAUCUCUGGAACCUGUGGCCAGUGCCUCUGCGUUGUCUCAGGUACAGGGCCCCUCUGGGGACGGCUCUUCCCCCACUGCGCCCCUCCGCGGCUUGGCCGGAGUGUGCGCUCGCGUGGCCUGUUGGAGUGGACAGGUGGAGGAGGAUCCCGUGGCAAUCCUAAAGGCAGACCAUGCUGCUGCCGCCCAUCCUAAGGUGAAAACAGAGGAGCAGAUAGCUGCAGAGCAAGCAUGGUACGGCUCGGAGAAAGUGUGGCUGGUCCACAAGGAUGGAUUCUCUCUGGCCACCGUGGUGAAGACGGAGGCUGGCAGUCUACCAGAGGGGAAGGUGAAAAUCAAACUGGAGCAUGAUGGGACAGUACUGGAUGUGGACGAGGAUGACGUAGAGAAGGCAAACCCGCCGUCAUUUGACCGGUGUGAGGACUUGGCUGCUUUGCUCUACCUGAAUGAGUCCAGUGUCAUGCAUUCCUUACGCCAGCGAUAUGGAGGAAAUCUCAUCCACACAUACGCGGGGCCUAACAUGGUGAUCAUCAACCCUACCAGCGCCCCCUCAAUGUACUCAGAGAAGGUGAUGCACAUGUUCAAAGGCUGCCGACGGGAAGACACGGCCCCUCACAUAUAUGCGGUGGCCCAGUCCGCCUACCGAAACCUUUUGACAACUCGACAGGACCAGUCCAUCGUGCUGCUGGGAAAGAGCGGCAGUGGCAAGACCACAAACUGCCAGCAUUUAGUCCAGUACCUGGUGUCCAUCGCCGGCAGCACUGGAAAGAUCUUUACUGCUGAGAAAUGGCAAGCGGUCUAUACAAUCCUAGAGGCCUUCGGAAACAGUCCCACCUCUAUGAACAAUAACGCAAGCCGCUUCUCCCAGAUCGUCUCGCUGGAUUUUGACCAGGCUGGUCAGGUGGCCUCUGCCUCCAUCCAGACCAUGCUGCUGGAGAAGCUGAGGGUGGUGAAACGACCGGAGGCUGAGUCCACUUUUAAUGUUUUUUAUUACAUGAUGGCUGGAGCGGACAGCACACUCAGAACGGAAUUGCAUUUUAACCACUUUGCAGAGAACAGUGCUUUUGGGAUUGUGCCUCAAACUAAGACAGAGGAAAAGCAGAAGGCAUCACAACAGUUCACCAAACUGCAGGCAGCUAUGAAGGUGCUGGGCAUCUCUUCUGAUGAACAGAAAGCUCUCUGGCUCAUCCUUGGGGCCAUAUACCACCUUGGAGCUGCAGGGGCCACAAAAGCAGAGGCUGAUGAAGCGGGCCGGAAGCAAUUUGCACGUCACGAGUGGGCCCAGAAGGCGGCUUACCUCUUGGGUUGCACUCUAGAAGAGCUCUCGUCUGCGAUCUUCAAACACCAGCCCAAAGGAACCUUACAGAGAUCCACCUCAUUCCGCCAGGGACCAGAUGAUGUUGGUACAGGAGACAACUCGGCACCAAAGAUCACAGCUCUGGAGUGUCUGGAGGCCAUGGGUGCUGGACUCUACUCUGAACUCUUUACUCUGGUCAUCUCACUUGUUAACCGAGCCCUGAAGUCAAGUCAGCAUUCCCUGUGCUCUUUGCUUAUUGUGGACACGCCGGGAUUCCAAAACCCAAAGUUUGCCAAGCGGGACCGUGGCGCCACCUUUGAGGAGCUGUGCCACAACUAUACCCAAGAACGUCUCCAAACGCUUUUCCACGAACGCACCUUCGUACAGGAGCUAGAGCGCUACAAGGAGGAAAACAUAGAGCUUGCAUUAGAUGACAUAGAGUCCAGUACAUCACUGUCUGUAUCAGCUAUAGACCAAGCCUCCACUCAAGCAUUGGUACGGACUCUGGCCAGGACAGAUGAGGCGAGGGGCCUGCUGUGGCUGAUGGAGGAAGAAGCUCUGCAGCCCGGGGGCUCGGAGGAAACUCUGCUGGAGAGACUCUUCAGUUAUUACAGCCCUGUGGACGGAGAGAGCAAAGGACCCGCCCUGCUGCUGAAGAGUGAAAAGGCACAUCACUUCCUGUUGGGUCACAGCCAUGGGACUGACUGGGUGGAGUAUGAUGCUCGGGGCUGGUUGAGCCAUGCCAAGCAGAAUCCUGCCUCUCAGAAUGCCGCCAUUUUACUGCAGGACUCUCAGAAGAAGAAUAUCAGUGGCUUGUUUAUGGGGCGUUCAGGGGGAGCCACAGUUUUGUCAGGCUCUAUUGCUGGGCUUGAGGGCGGAUCACAGCUGGCCCUGCGCAGGGCCACAAGCAUGAGAAAGACCUUUACCACUGGUGUGGCUGCUGUUAAAAAGAAGUCUCUCUGCAUUCAGAUUAAACUGCAAGUGGAUGCGCUGAUAGACACAGUGAGGCGGUCCAGGGUACACUUCGUGCACUGUCUGCUGCCUAAAGCGGAGACCUCGGCUGGGGAUUUGAAGGUGUCUGGAGGACCCUCACCUCGCUCUGGAGAGAUAGAGACACACGGAGAAAGCUGCGACAACGGCCUCAUGCAGCUGGAUGUGUGCUUGCUCCGGGCGCAGCUGCGCGGCUCCAAACUGCUCGACGCCCUGCGUAUCUACCGCCAAGGUUAUCCCGAUCAUUUGGUGUUUUCGGAGUUCCGCCGCCGCUUUGAUGUGCUGACUCCCCACUUGACGAAGAAGCAUGGGAGGAACUACAUCGUAACCGAUGAGAGAAGGGCUGUCGAAGAGCUGCUGGAGUCUCUUGAGUUGGAAAAAAGCAGUUAUCACAUGGGCUUAAGCAGGGUAUUCUUCAGGGCAGGUGUUUUGGCUAAGCUAGAGGAGCACCGAGACAUCCAGACCAGACGCAACAUCACCCUGUUUCAAGCUGCAUGCAGAGGCUACCUGGCACGACAAGCCUUUAAAAAGAGGAAGAUCCAGGACUUGGCGAUCCGCUGCAUCCAGAAAAACAUCAAGAAGAACCGGGGUGUGAAAGGCUGGCCUUGGUGGAAGCUCUUCACCACCGUCCGUCCUCUCAUCGAGGUUCAGCUCACAGAGGAACAGAUCCGCGGCAAAGACGAGGAAAUUCAGCAACUCAAGUUGAAGCUGGAAAAAGUGGAGAAGGAGAGGAAUGAGUUGAGACUCAAUAGUGACCGACUGGAAAGCAAGAUCACAGAACUGUCAUCAGAGCUCGCCGAUGAGCGCAACACGGGCGAAUCCGCCUCGCAGCUGCUGGAGUCCGAGACUUCGGAGAGACUGAGGCUAGAGAAAGACAUGAAGGAUCUACAGGCCAAGUUUGACGCUAUGAAGAAGCAGAUGGAGUCUAUGGAGAUGGAGGUGAUGGAAGCACGACUCAUACGCGCGUCAGAGCUCAACGGGGAAAUGGAUGACGACGACACGGGAGGAGAAUGGAGGCUGAAGUAUGAGAGAGCCAUCAGAGAGAUCGAGUUUACCAAGAAGAGACUUCAGCAAGAGUUUGAUGACAAACUAGAGGUGGAGCAGCAAAACAAGAGGCAGCUGGAGAGAAAACUGACAGACCUGCAGGCGGACAAUGAAGAGGUGCAGCGCGUGGCGCAGCAGCUGAAAAAGAAAUGCCAGAGACUGACAGCCGAGCUGCAGGACACCAAACUGCACCUGGAGGGGCAGCAGAGCCGCAACCACGACCUGGAGAAGAAACAACGCAAGUUUGACUCAGAGCAGACUCAGGCUCAGGAGGAGGUGCAGAGAGAGAAGAGUCAACGGGAGAAACUGAGCAGAGAGAAAGACAUGCUGACCGGGGAAGUGUUCAGCCUUAGACAACAACUGGAGGAUAAGGAUCUGGAGAUAUGUGCUGUCAAUCUGAAGCUCGAGCAAAUGGAGGCUGAGCUUCAAGAUCUGAACUCGCAGGAGUCAAAGGACGAGGCUUCGUUGGCCAAGGUUAAAAAGCAGCUUCGUGACCUUGAGGCAAAGGUCAAAGACCAAGAAGAAGAACUUGAUGAGCAGGCUGGAACCAUUCAGAUGCUGGAGCAGGCCAAGCUCCGUCUGGAGAUGGAGAUGGAGAGGCUGAGACAGACGCAUUCGAAAGAGAUUGAAAGCAAAGACGACGAGGUGGAGGAGAUCAGACAGUCGUGCAGCAAAAAGCUUAAACAAAUGGAGGUGCAGCUGGAGGAGGAGUAUGAAGAGAAGCAGAAGGUCUUGCGAGAGAGGAGAGACCUGGAGGCCAAGUUGAUGAGCGCUCAAGACCAGGUGAGCCACAGAGAUGUUGAGACAGAAAAACGUCUGAGGAAAGACCUGAAGCGCACAAAGGCCUUGCUGGCUGAUGCCCAGAUCAUGCUGGAUCACCUGAAGAACAACGCUCCUAGCAAGAGAGAGAUCGCUCAGCUCAAGAACCAGCUCGAGGAAUCAGAGUUCACAUGUGCUGCUGCAGUCAAAGCCCGAAAGUCAAUGGAAGUGGAGAUCGAGGACCUUCAUGUCCAAAUGGAUGACAUAUCUAAAUCCAAGCAGGCGCUUGAGGAGCAGCUGAGUCGUUUGCAGAGGGAGAAGAAUGACCUGCAGUCUCGCAUGGAGGAGGAUCAGGAGGACAUGAACGAACUCAUGAAGAAACACAAAGCCGCUGUUGCCCAGUCCUCACAGAAUCUGGCCCAGAUCAGUGACCUGCAGGCUCAGCUGGAGGAGGCCAUGAAGGAGAAACAGGACGUCCAGGAGAAGCUCACAGCCCUGCAGAGUCAGCUAGAGUUCCAAGAGCAGUCCAUGGUGGACAAGUCUCUGGUCAGCCGGCAGGAGGCCAAGAUCCGUGAGCUGGAGACCAAGCUGGAGUUCGAGAAGACGCAGGUCAAACGCUUGGAGAGUCUUGUAGCGAGGCUGAAAGAGAAUCUCGAAAAGUUGACUGAGGAACGAGACCAGCGCAGUGCCAGCGAGAACCGGGAGAAAGAGCAGAACAAGCGUCUCCUGAGGCAGAUCCGAGACAUCAAGGAGGAAAUGGCCGAGCUGGCCAAGAAGGAAGCGGAAGCCAGCCGCAAGAAACAUGAGCUGGAAAUGGAUAUUGAGAGUUUGGAAGCAGCCAACCAGAGUCUCCAGGCGGAUCUCAAGCUGGCCUUCAAGAGGAUCGGAGACCUCCAGGCUGCUAUCGAGGAUGAGAUGGAGAGUGACGACAAUGAGGAUCUCAUCAACAGUUUACAAGACAUGGUGACUAAGUAUCAGAAACGAAAGAACAAGAUCGAGGGCGGCUCUGAUACCGACUCUGAGGUGGAGGACCGCGUUGACGGGGUGAAGUCAUGGCUGUCUAAAAACAAGGGCUCUGCCAAGAACCUGUCAGAUGAUGGUAGUCUGAAGAGCUCAAGCCCACCCUCCAGUCGCAGACGCUUCUGCCUCGACAGAUCUGACGAGGAAGAGGAAGAAGAAAAAGAGGAAGGGAGCACGGGCCGAAGCACCUACCGCUCCCGCUACAAACGCAGCAGCUACCUGAACGACAGCGAUGGCGAGACCACCGCGUAGCCGCUCCCCCACGCACACAUCCACAUGCACUCACAUUGGUUCACAAAAAGGAGGACUUUUUUGAGUUUAAUAUCAGUGUCUUCCUUGAACUCAGAUUCAAAUGAGAGGAUUUCAGCGACUUGUUAUUAGUAUUAUUAUUUCACAUGUGCUUUAGAGCUUUAAAGGGUUUGUACAGCAUUGUGAAUCACAGCACUGUUGAUUCUUUCUUCUGUGUGCUUUUACUUCUGAUGUUCUUCCUCUUCCUUUCUAUAUAAGCAGUGACUUUACCAAACGCCGUGCUUGCAUUCUUACUCCGGUCAGGAUUCAGUAAUGGAUACUGCUUGAGGCAACACGCUACAGCCUCUUGCAUGGUCAGGCCUGAGCCAAAGAUACAUGCCAUUGUGUAAACGUGGAUUUUUCUGUUGUGUUAGAUUUAAAAGAAGCCAAGAGAAAAGGCAAAGAAAUAUUGUAUUACCAAAAAAAUGGUUUAGGUAUGUGAGCAAAUUUGUUUUUCGUUCCUGGGACUGAUUUAAGACCACCACCUCUUUCCAUCUCCACAAACCUGCUUCUAUCUCUAUCUCUUCGCUUUCAUACAGUGAAGGAUUCAUGUUUUUCGCUUGAGCAAGCGAGUGAGAGAGGAAGCCCAUUUCUCCUUUCAGGUCUUUGUUUUGAUGUUUCAUGUGGAGAGGAAAAAAGGUCAAUGAUACGAGAAGAGGGCAGCGUUUCGGGAUGUUUAGGUCUGGACUCUCAAAGGCUUUUUUUCUCCAUAAUAUGCCUGUCUUGUUCUGUUUUGACUGAAUUGACUAAGUGCUUGCUCAUUGUAUGGCUCAGCGGUUUAUUCGCACACUUUCUUGUGGUUGUUGUUGUUGUUCUCAGGCUUUUUUGUUUUGGUUAUCGCAGAUGUCUGGCUUUCCCAAGGGAAUGCCCAUGAUCUGGGGCAUUGUGGUAAUUUUUAUCAUCCAACUCCACCGAUACUGGAUAAACAGCUUCAAAGUUGCUUUUUGUGCUGAUGCGAUGCAACACGAGAUGGAGACGUUUGACAGAACCGAUACUGUGAAAUCCCAGCUUCCCUGCGGCAUGUCGUCACAUUGGAUUCAUCAGUAUUUUUGGCCUUACCUAAUGACUUUGAGACUUGAACCCGUACGGACACGCAUCCCUUCCGAUUUCCAUUGUUGCCUUCCGUUGUUUUGUUGUUCUGCUUUCACUGUAGUAUUUAUGAUCUAGCAUUGAUGGAUUAAGCGAAGCUGCCAAAAUAUAAAGCAACAGCAUAUGAUAGCAAUGCAAGGAUGUCAUUGCUUCUCUUUUUUUUUUAAAGGGAGACAGCGUGUGUAUUUUACAUGGUUUUUUAGACCCUCUGCAAAGGUCAACCACUUUAUUCUCUUUUCUAUGCAGUCGAUAUUGAUUUUAAUAAGGAAAAUGAGCAUUGUAUGAUGUUUCUGGCGAAUUAAAACACGUGGCUACAAGAUGCAUAACAUUUGCUGGCUGUACACAUUAAUAUAAAAAUAUAUAAAUAUCUGUAUGAUUCAUUCUAGCUUUCAAAAUAGCUAAUGUUUAUUUUCUUUAUUGAAUAAAUGACCACUUGAUAAGUCAUAAUUUUGCAUUACAGUUUAAUAUAUUGUAAAUAAAUGAUGGUGAUUGUUUUA